AUGGACCUCCAAUCCGUUCUCGUCGCAGGACGGGGUCCGACCGGGCGCACGCCCACCCCGCCCAGCAACGGCGACCGCAAGCGACGCAGGAGCCCCGAAGACACAUCAGAGGAGAACGACGACGACGACAAGGGGGCCCCCCAGCACGCCGCGAAGCGCCGCGCGGGCCCGUCCGGCGAGCCGCGGCCGUCGCAGCGCACUCGACAGGUCUACCUGCCGCUGGGCACGAGUGGCCGCGGGCCGCAGUCGCUCACGCCGUCGCGGCGGGCGAACCGGGGCGCGGGGCCGGCGCCGCGGCGCCGUGUGUUGGCGUCACGGAGCUGGUCGUUUGGCUCGUCGGGCGCGGGCGGCCGGGCGCGGGGCGGGGCGGUCGCGGUCGCGAGUGUGGAAGUGAGGGCUCGCGUGGCGGCGACCGAGGCCCCGGUGGCCGCGGCGGAGGGGGACGAGGCGGAGGGGGACGGGGCGAUCAAGCGGGAGCUCGGGUGCGCCGAGGAGAACGACGUUCGAGAGGAUGGUCAUAAUGGCGACAACAACGACAACGACAACGACAAGAACAGUGACCCGGAGCCACCGACCCACGACGCCCUCGACCGCACCGCACAGGGGGUGCUCACCGUCAAGGCCGAGGAGGUCGAGGAAACGCUCGCCGACGGCCCCACUGCGCUGCUCAGCCCCAUACCGCUCCCCGUGCCGGUCCCGUUCGAAUCCCCGAGCCCCCCUGCGCGCACUGUGGAAUUGAGCGCCUGGCCGACCUUCUUCCCAUCCGUCAGGGCGGCUCACCCGCCGCCAUGGAUCCUACGCCCCGGUGGGCCCGGACAUCUGGACCGUCACGUGCACGUGUAUGCCUACGAGCCCCGCGCCGACGACCUCGCCCGUGCUCAAGCUCAAGAGUGGUGGGCAAUCCGCGCGCCGACGCACCCUGCGCCGGCUCUCGUAGGCCCGCCCCGCGCCCACUGGGAUGCCCCAGCGCCCGUGCGCACGGCUCAGCUCUCGGCCUCGGGUCUCGCCGCCAUCCUCGCCUGGCGCACGCGCGUGCAGACCGCGACUGGCGCGCCUGCACCCGCGCCCGCACCUGCACCCACAGCGCCUCGCCGUCGUCGAGCACCGAGGGUCGUCGGGCGAUCGGUUUCGGCGGAGAUGUUCGAGUGGUACAGGCACGGGUCGUUCCACGUGCGGCCGGACGGGCGGCCGGGGCGGAUCACGGCGCGGGAGGUCGAGCGGCUCUUGCCGGGGAUGGGCGUGUUUAGUGCGAUUGGGGAUCUGAAGGAGGAGUUGACUGGUUCGGAGGAGGAGUUAGAGGAGGAGUUUACGGAGUCAGCAUCGCUAGCGCUCGAUGAUUCGGAAACGCCUCGAGGCGCCUUGUACAAGGUUCCCGGAAAUGGUAGCACACAAAGCGGAGUCAGUGCCAACACACUCGCACUCGCGGUGCAGGCGGAUCCCGCGCUGAUGGAGUGGACACACAAAUCCAAAUCCGUGUACUCCAGAACCGUUUCUCGCCCGAUUCGGCACAAGACCAGUGCACCUCCUCUACGACGCACCGUAUUAAUCCCCGCCUUCGAGCCCGCGUCCCGGUUCAAACCCACAUACACCUGCCGCGUCUCCCCUUCGCCCGCCUUUCAUCCCGUCAUGGUCGUCCACCGUCCAUACCACGCGACGCACGGCGAUCGCAAGCACAAGUCCACCCACGCCACUCGAGGCGCCCAGCUCUCCGUCCCCGACGCACUCCCGCCUGCUCCGGACAACGCAACAUCGCAGCUCGCGCACCGGGUGAAGCGCCUGCACAUUGGCCGCCGCCACCGCCACCCACCACACGACCACCCCCUCCCCACCCCCGGCCACGAUCGAACCGCGCCGCCUCCAAGAGCCGCGACCGCGCCCGCGACGACGACGCCCAGCGCGAGCACGUCCCUGUUCGCCGUCCUCACCGACGCCGGGGAGGACACGGGCAGGCUAUACCUCCCGCCGCCAACCGCGUCCGCGCGGAGGUCGUGCCCGCCGCCGCCGCCGCCACCGAUGUCGCACCUGUUCCCGCUGAGGAUCCGGGAGGGCCUGCGCAGUUACUACUACGCUGAGACGCAGCUGAGAGAGGACACGCCGCCGCGCGGCGAGAGGGCGUCGGCGCACGAGGGCGGGGCGGCUGCACCGGCGCACGCGACGCAUCUCCAGGCCGCCCCGCGUGGCCCCCGAGCCGCGCACGCGCAGGAGCAGGAGAGUGUGGCCAGGUCUACGUCACGCACGACGUGCGCGCCGCGCGCCGGAUGGCCGUCGUCAUCGCUGUCGGUCUUCACAUGCGUCGACCGGGCCGGGCCGCCGCCGCGGCGGGCUCGGUGGGCAAGUGUGCCUGCAGCGGCAGACGCAGCGCGUGCGGAGCCGUUCGACGCCCCCACCCGUGCCGAGAAAGACGCCGCGCGCUCGGGCUCGAAGCGGGGGUACUCCUCGCCAGUGGUCGUCAAGGUCGAGGACCCGGGUCCCGGGGGGAUGCAGGUGCUCGUCGGGGAGGUGCAGGCCUUCAAAGUCGAGGGAUACGAGGAGGCGUGGGCGCCCGGUCUGGAGGUCAUGAGCGCAGAGGAGGCGAUCCAGGAGGGCCCGGACGGGGGGAGGCUGGUGAAGAGGGAUGGGCAUGAGUUGGAGGUGGAGAAGCUCAUCCACAGCGUGAGGAGGCUGCACGAGAUCAAAACUCAAUUCCCGAAGGCGGGCGAGUGUGCGUGGCUGCCAGUGGAGACGCAGGAGGAGUGGAGGGCGAAGGACAAGCAGUGCGUGCAGAAGGAGGGGAGGGUCGGUGAAGGGAUCGAGGGUUGUGUGGACGCGUUAUGA